UUUAAUGUCUGAGGCUAAAAAAAUGGAAAAAAAUGUUGCCCAUAAAUCAAGUAACAUACAUUUCGGAAAGAUCGAUCUAGAAACGUCACCGAAGCUAGCGGAAGAUUACGACAUCUCUUUGUCAACAACAAGUUUGGAUCUCCCAACCUUGAUAUUAUUUAAGAAUGGAAAGGAGAAUGGGAGAUGA